AUGCCUCCCAAGAAAGGUAAAGAGCCAGUGGCCAAGAAGGCGACCAAGUCGGUCGAGGACCGGACAUUUGGCAUGAAGAACAAGAAGGGUGGUGCUGCACAAAGAGAAAUUGGGCGCAUGCAGGCAAACCUCAAGAACAGUGGCACUAUCGAGGAGAAGAAGAAGCAGGCUGAGAAGGCUGCCCGAGAGCGUGAGAAGAAGGCUGCCGAAGAUGCCAAGAGAGAUAUGGAGGCCAUGUUGAACAAGCCAGCCCAGAUCCAGAAGGUUCCCUUUGGUGUCGACCCCAAGACGGUUGUGUGCAUCUUUUACAAGAAAGGUGACUGUGAAAAAGGCAAGAAGUGCAAGUUCUCUCACGAUCUCGCUGUUGAGCGUAAGACGGAGAAGAAGAACUUAUAUAACGAUACCCGAGGGGAGGAAGAGGAGGAGAAGAAGGUUGAGACCUCAGCAGAUUGGGACGAAGAAAAGCUCCGAAGUGUUGUCUUGUCGAAGAAGGGUAACCAACAAACCACUACUGAUAAAGUGUGCAAAUUCUUUAUCGAAGCCAUUGAGGAUGGCAAGUACGGCUGGUUCUGGAUUUGCCCCAAUGGCGGAGACAAAUGCAAAUACAAGCACGCUCUCCCACCUGGAUUCGUUCUUAAGACCAAGGAACAGAGAGCAGCAGAGAAGGCACUUUUGGACAAGUCACCGCUUAAGACUCUGACACUUGAGGACUUCCUGGAGUCUGAGCGACACAAAUUGACUGGCACUCUCACACCAGUGACACCCGAGUCUUUCGCCAAAUGGAAGAAAGAUCGACUGGACAAGAAGGCCGCCGAGGAACAGGCUCGCAAGGCCAAGGAGAACACUGGCCGUGCCAUGUUUGAGAGCGGAAAAUGGAGGGACGAAGAUGAGUCUGAUUCUGAGGAUGAUGAUGACGCCUGGAACCUGCAGAAGCUUCGUGAGGAGACUGAGGUUAUACGGUCUAAGAAUGAGGAGGAACGCUUGGUAGCAAGCUACGCCACCCCCAACAACGGCACUACGGGCGAAGCGACACCAGCGGAGGAUACUCCAACAGAGACACCAGCUGAAACGGCUUCCGGAUCUUGA